ACAAUCUUGUACUUGAACCUGAUGUAUGAACAGAGAAACGAACAAAAUGUUACUUCCACCCGCCAACAGCCCUUUGCUUCAAUGGAGGGCUUUUCAAGUUUUGUUUGUGCUUAACAUUCCUUUCUUGAUUCUGCAUCUUCUUCAUUUCUUCCAUCAGGUAGGCAGAUUCCCUUCGUAUUUCUUAUUCCUUCUGUCACCCUUAUGCCUGUCCUUGGGAUUGUCUGGUCGAGUGGAUCAUGAGGAUCUCUUGUUCUCUAGAGAGAGAGAGAGGGUUACGGUGAUUAUUCUUCAUAUUUGAUUUGGCGGAAUGGGUUUUCUUCUUAAAUUAUAAUUUUCUGUAAUUUUGAAUCAUUGUGAACUGGGUUUGAUUAAAUCGGAAUUCCAGACUGAUCUAAAUUUCUUUAGAAAUGGCGGGAAUUGAUGUUUCAAAAUAUGCUCACAGCCCUGUCCAUAAGGCUGUUGCAACAAGGGAUUAUACUGCUCUCAGGAGGAUAAUUGCCGGCCUCCCGCGCCUCUGCAACCCAUCUGAGAUUCGAACUGAGGCUGCAUCCCUUGCAGAGGAAGAGAAGGUGGAAGCUAUCUCUGCAGUGAUUAACAGCCGGGAUGUCCCUAACCGAGAAACUCCUCUCCACCUGGCUGUCAAACUUGGUGAUGAGACUGCAACUGAGAUGCUGAUGGUUGCGGGAGCAGACUAUAGCUUGCAGAAUGAGCAGGGUUGGAAUGCUCUCCUGGAGGCAAUUUACAACAGGGAAGAAGGCAUUGCCAUGAUAAUAGUUGGGCACUGCCAGUCUUCUGCUUGGGUGAAAUGGUGCCUUAGACUUCCUCGCCUGAUAGGGACUAUGAGGAGGAUGAGGGAUUUCUAUAUGGAGAUAACAUUCAAUUUCGAGAGCUCUGUGAUCCCCUUCAUAUCGAGGAUUGCGCCUUCUGAUACUUGCAAGAUUUGGAAGAGGGGGGCAAAUUUGAGGGCGGAUAUGACUUUGGCUGGCUUUGAUGGUUUUAGGAUUCAGCGGGCGGAUCGGAGUAUUCUGUUCCUUGGGGAAGGCUCAAAGGAUGGGAAGGUCUCUCCUGGGACCCUAUGCGUGGUUUCGCACAAGGAUAAAGAAGUUAAGAAUGCUCUGGAAGGUGCUGAUUCUCAAACCUCCGAAGCUGAGGUCCAGCAGGAAGUGGCUAGAAUGUCUAAAACUGGUAUCUUGAGGGCUGGGAUUGAUGUGACUCAGGCGGUGUUGGUACCACAGUUAACAUGGAGAAGGCAGGAAAAGACAGAAAUGGUUGGUCCAUGGAAGGCCAAGGUGUAUGAUAUGCACAAUGUGGUGGUGAGUGUAAAGUCCAGGCAGGUCCCUGGUGCUAUGACAGAUGAUGAGUUCAUCUCAUCUUGCAAUGAGAAUGAUACUGAGAGUGAAGAGUCUGAUGAUAUAUCGGCAGAGGAAGAGAGAAGGCUGUUUACAAAUUCACUUAAAAUAGACUCAUCAGAGUUGGCAACUGAGUAUAGCCUUAGCGAUUUGAUUGUUGUUCAUCGAAAUAGCCGUUUUGAGCCACGGGAUAUCCCAAUUGAAGACUUGCAUAGUUGUAGCAAUGGUGGUGAUGGUAGGCAAGAAAAGAAAAUGGCUCAUCCAAGAAGUUACCUUUGUGUUGAUGAGAAGGUAAGUGAUCUACAUGGUGAUUCCUCAUCCAGAUUGCAGAGCAGACAAGGAAGAUGCUCUGCAGAGAUUUCUGUUAGUGAGGAUGAACUCCGGAAAGGAAGGGAUAUGAAGAAGUCUUCUGUGAGUUCUAAGAGUGUUCAAAGACAUAAGGACAGCAACCAUGAAAGUGAGUACAAGAAAGGAUUGAAUCCCACUCUCUGGCUUUCUCCCAAUUUCCCUCUCAGAACUGAAGAACUCCUGCUUUUGCUUGACAUUAUUGCAAACAAGGUCAAGGCCAUUCGUCGUUUAAGAGAACUGCUUACAACAAAGCUUCCACCAGGAGCCUUUCCAGUUAAGGUAGCUAUUCCAGUGGUUCCUACUGUCAGGGUAUUGGUUACUUUCUCAAAAUUUGAAGAGUUCCAGCCACAGGAUGAGUUCUCCACCCCUCCUUCGAGCCCUUGUGCUUCAGGCCAAGAAAUCCCUGCAGUCAUGCAGUCCUCAAGUUCAUCAUGGUUUCAAUGGAUAAAAGCUCCUUACCACCAUCAUGGCUCUGCAACAAAUUCAGGUCCCACCAAUCGUGUCGAAGAUAUUCAAGACCCAUUUGUGAUACCAGCAGAUUAUACAUGGACAACAGCUGAAGCAAAGAAAAAGAAGAUGCAAGAGAAGGGCAAGUCCAAGAAGGGAAGAGGUCAAAACCAGUAAAGUUAGUUAAACAUAGACUGAUGGGAAUGAGAUCCACUAACGAAUAAGUAUUUGUCUCACUAACCCCACUUGCUUUGAUUCUGCACUCGGAAAAAAAUGGGGUGUGCUCUCAGGAUGAAACGAAAUUAUUCUCUACAGGUAAAGCCAGGAAGGAAGAGAAAGUUCAAAGAGAAGAUUGUUGGAGGUUCAUAACAUGUUUGUAACAAACGAGAUACAUUUAUUUGGAGUCAUUAAGUUAUGAUAAGAAAAGAGAAAAAUGAUGUACAGGAUUUAUAUCCAAGCAUUCCUAGAUGGAAAAAAAAAUAAAGAAUACUUGAAG